GGGAUGCUAACGCUGGGUGCCGGGGGAUGCUAACGCUGGGUGCCGGGGGAUGAUGCUAGCGCUGGGUGCCGGGGGAUGCUAACGCUGGGUGCCGGGGGAUGCUAACGCUGGGUGCCGGGGGAUGAUGCUGGCGCUGGGUGCCGGGGGAUGAUGCUAACGCUGGGUGCCGGGGGAUGAUGCUAGCGCUGGGUGCCGGGGGAUGCUAACGCUGGGUGCCGGGGGAUGCUAACGCUGGGUGCCGGGGGAUGAUGCUGGCGCUGGGUGCCGGGGGAUGAUGCUAACGCUGGGUGCCGGGGGAUGAUGCUGGCGCUGGGUGCCGGAGCCCGCAGCGGGGCCGGGCCGGGCCGCGGGCGGCCCCGGGGCUGCGGGAGGCUCAGGAGGGUUCAUGCGCAAUCGGGCAGCACCGAGCCAAUGGGACGGGGAAGUCUGAUUUAACCGAGGCUUCUUCCUUCCUUUUUGUAAGACACAGAAUGUGCCCGCUAGGUGAAAGCACGGACAUCUUUCUCUGCGUUUCGGACACGCGGGGCGGGCUCUGCUCUGUGGCCUCGCACAGAGCUCACAUGUGCCACGACUAAAAGAACUCGGCGAUUUCCAGGUUGUGAUUAAGAACAGACAACAAGUUUUUAAGUCUUGAGAACAGUAAAUUUUAGCAGUGUAAGAGAACCAGGCUGCUGCUUAUACUAAUUAUCUCCAAGAUUUUAGUUCAUCUGAACUCAUACUUGCAAGCUUGAGGGCAAAAUACAAGGAGGAAGAAAUCUGCCAACACCGAAGUUCAUGACAAAAUUCUCAUAGUGACAUCAAGAAAUGGACCAAGACUCACACUGCACAGCAGAAAGGGAACUGUUGGAAGCUGUAAGCAGAAUUACUACAUCUUCUACCACAAAUCCAUCUGAUGAAGAAGAAAAUCAACCCAAAGCUGAAAUUUCAUGUCAAGUGAGAAAAGAAAACCCAGAAAAAGAUGACACACAAGAUUCCAGUGCAACCCUAAGUCCCAACUCUUCGAUGACCACUAAGGAGCUUCAGGAAUAUUGGAGGAAUGAAAAACGCCAGUGCAAACAAAUCAAACUCCUUUUUGAAAUCCCAUCAACCAGAAUUGUAGAGCACCACUUAUCUAAAUAUGUGAUGUAUAAAAUCAUCAUUUUGCAAACAGGGAGUUUUGACAGCAACAAGUCUGUAAUUGAACGGCGUUAUUCAGACUUUGAGAAACUGCACAGAAAUCUGCUGGAGGAAUUUAGUGAAGAAAUGGAAGAUGUGACCUUUCCCAAAAAAACUCUAACAGGGAACUUCACAGAAGAAAUAAUCAAUGAAAGAAAAUUAGCCUUCAAGGACUACCUGAGACUCCUAUAUUCUAUGAAAUACAUCAGAAGAUCAAAAAAAUUUAUCGACUUCUUAACAAGGCCGGAGCUUCAGGAAGCAUAUGGUUGCCUGCGGGGUGGCCAGUACACCAAAGCCUUGGAAAUCCUUUUAGAAGUCAUUGGGCUGCAGGAAAGGCUGACGAGAGGGAACCCUGUCUCAGUUGUCCCUACUCUCUGUGCCAUCGUGGUGUGCCACAAGGACCUGGAAAACCCAGCAAGUGCCUUUGAGUAUGGAGAAAAAGCUCUGUCACGCCUUUGUGUGCAUACCAGCCACAGGUAUUAUAUUCCACUGUUAGAAACAAUGAUCACUCUGGCCUAUGAACUUGGCAAGGAUUUCCUGUCUUUGCAAGAAAAACUGGAAGAAUGGAAGACGAAGAAAGAUCCCAUACGGAUUUUUACCCUGAAAGAACUCGCAGUUCGGGAAUACGUACAGUGAACAUAAGAAAGAUGUAAUGAAAGAGCAAACUUUUGAAAGAGUGAGAACUGGAAAUUACCUGUUUGGCUUACAUAACGUUGUAUUAAUAGGAAAAAAGUUAAAUAUCUUCUAUGUUCAAAAGAGACAUUAACAUCUAUGUUGGAAUAUAUUACAGCUACCCUACAGAUGCCAGGAGUACCUGAGGAGCACCUUAAGGUUUUUGAAGGAAAAUUGCAACAAUCAUUUAUGAUUUGGUUAUUUUGAACAUAGCUUAUUUUGUGUGAAAAGUCAGAAUAAAACAAAAUACCUUUAAUAAAGCACUUAAGAAUCUGCA